GCACUGACGACACACGGGACUUUCUGACAGCUGACAGCAGGGAAAGACGGCUUUUGCACGUCGCCUCUUUCGCAGCUGGAUCCAAGUGCGUGCGCACUCGUGCGCUCGCAUCAUAAAACCACACACUUCUGUCGAAAAUGGCUAUUCUCUGCCCGCGCUCUCUCACACCCAAGUGCACGACACCAGAACACCACACGCUUACUGUCAUCUGGCCCCGAUGUUCCCGCCGAUGUGGCUGCUGGCCGGCUGGCGAUGGCUGUGCUGUGACUGUGAUCGUGCGACUGUGACCGUGACCGUGGCGGCGCGCCGUCGCUGCUCUCUGCUGAUCGGUUUCCGUUCUCCCACCUAGACGGACCGGCCAUAGUGGCCAUAAAUUUGAUGAUUCGUAGCAUUGCUCGCAUUGACGAUGUCACAAUGGAGUACAGCGUUCAGCUCAUCUUCCGCGAGAAGUGGACCGAUGAGAGGCUCAAGUUCGACGACAUGCAGGGUCGCGUCGGCUACCUGACCCUGACCGACCCGCGGCGCAUCUGGAUGCCCGACCUCUUCUUCAAGAACGAGAAGACGGGUCACCUGCACGAGAUCACAAUGCCCAACAUGUACAUCCGUAUUUUCGCCGACGGCGGAGUUCUGUACAGCGUGAGGUGA